AUUGAUAUUUCAAUCAAUCUUUGACAGAGGGAGUACUCGAAUCCUUGCAGCAAGAAUGGCAUCUCUGGCACCAGGUCAACGCUAUGACCUGGUUGUAUUCGGGGCAACGGGGUUCACCGGCCAGUAUGUUGUUGAGGAGGUAGCAAGGGUGGCGGAGAAAGAGAGAACAGAGAGGAAAACGCCCCUUACCUGGGCCAUAGCAGGGCGCUCCGAGAAGAAACUGCAGGGUUCCAUUGCCGAAGCUCGGAAGGAAUUGGGUUUGAGCUUGGAUGAUGUCGGCAUUAUUUUGGCUGAUGUUAAAGACAAUGAUUCCCUGAAAGAGAUGGCUGCAAAGUCAUCUGUUGUUAUUAACUGUGUUGGUCCAUAUCAGUUAUUCGGUGAGCCAGUUAUACAAGCAUGCAUCGAAAAUGGUGCAAGUCAUGUGGACAUCUCAGGAGAACCUCAGUUUCUGGAGGGCAUGCAAGCAAAGUACCACAAAGCAGCUGAGGAAGCAGGAGUCCAUAUUGUUGGUGCUUGCGGAUAUGAUUCUAUACCUGCUGAAAUGGGUCUCGUGCAUAUGAUCAAGAACUUCAAAGGAGAGCUUAAUUCAGCAGAGAUGUUUGUUAGAACUAAGGGUGCCAAAUCUACGUCUAUCCAUACUGGAACAAUGGAAUCUGCCGCGCUAGCUGUUGCUAACCGGAGUGAAGUUGCAAGAAUACGCAGAGUGCUUUUCCCGACUCCUCUGCCGAAACCCAAGCACAAGGUUAAGAAGAAGGGAGUGCUUCACAAAAAUGAUGAAUUGGGACUGUGGGGAGUACCACUGCCGACAGACGAGCCCGUUGUGUACCGCACACAGAGGUACCGUCAUGAUGUACUUGGUCAGCGGCCUUUGCAGUUCCAGCAGUUCCUUGGUGUCCGCAGUUCCUUCCAAGGAGUGGGACUUCUCAUAGGCAUGGCAUACUUUACUUUCAUUUGUUUCUUCAGCUGGACCAGGAAGCUACUUUUAAAGUACCCUGAAAUUAUGACAGCAGGCGUAUUCAGCCGUGCAGGAUCAGACCGCGAGUCACUGAAAGCUCUUAGAUUCACAGCCACUCUAGUCGGCCAUGGCUGGUCAGAAUCACUACUGGAGGGAUCAGACGAGCAUACAGAGCCUCCAAAUGCUUCAAUUAAAGUUAAGGUUUCGGGACCAGACCCAGGCUAUGGGGCAACAUCGCUCAUGAUGGUUGCUUGUGCCAUGACCAUUUUGCGGGAAAAAAGCUCCAUUCCUGGCAAAGGUGGAGUUUUGACUCCAGGAGUUGCCUUCAUGAAUACAGACCUUAUCAAGUGUAUGGAAGACCAAGGUAUGACUGUUGAAGUCGUAGAGUGAGCCAGGUGGAUGAAAAAUGGAAAUGUUUGUGUCAGUUUUUGUGUUAAUACUGCAGGGUUAGGGUUAGGAUUCUCUUUAUUUGAUUUGUGUGGCAUGCCUUUUUGACUCUCUAAGAUGGAACUUCUCAUUAGUAUUUUGUGAGAACCUUUCAACCUUGUUACAGAGGUUUGAGAGGAUAGCAUUCCUAGUCUGAGCAUUCAUUCCUUUCUGUAUCACUUGAGGAAUAUGCCGAAACCAAGUUUACUUGAAGGUUCAAAACUAAAAGUCUAAACUCUACAGAUUUUGAUCCCACAGGCAUGAUUUUGAUGUGGAGAGACAUGACUAGAAUCCACAUGUAGUGGAGUAUGAAAUAUUGUAGAUGACAUUUUUCUGGUUUUAGUGUGUGAUCCAUCAGGUCUAUAGCUGAUAUGGAAGGUGUCAAUGACUAUUUAGUACAGAAAUGCUGAAGACUUGCAAAUUUAGGGACUUACCUCUAUAAGCUCUCUGAAAACAAGUCUUUGACACCAAAAUAUAUGCAAUAGUCAAAAUAACUGGUGGGCAUGUAGCUAUAUAAUAAAUUGAUAAAGGGCUUAGACAAUGCCUAUAUCUACACAGAAGAUAACCACUAUCGUAAAUGCUUAUUGAAAAUUAGUUAUUGGAUUGGUAUGUUAUCAUAUCCUAGGAAGUAUUCACUCAGGUACAGUUUUUUGUGGAAUGCCAUUAAUUUAAUAGAUUAAUAGGGAGAAGGUAGUUAAACUUCAUUGAAAUGUAAAUGUAAUUUAGAUGUUAAUUUUUAAAAUUUUAUGAUACCAAAAUUCUUUUAUUCCUUAAUUAGUCUUUUUUUUCAAUGUCAGAAAGUAGAGGCAAAGAGGAAUACUCAAUUUAGACCAGAAAUAUGUAGAAAAGGAGGCAAGAAAUGUCCAUAGUAAGAAGCUGUUAAGAGUCAGAAUAUGUCAUUUGUCAUUUUGGGGCCCAUUAAGGGUAUACUGUUAUCAACAUUUCCAUUGUCUUUCAUAGUCAAAUAAACAAUGUAUGUACAUGCAUGUGCAUAAACUGAUCAAUGCAAACUUUACCUGAGCAAAUGUUGCAGAACUAAUUAAUGUAUUUCUUACUUGUAACUAACUUUAUUUUGAUUUGAUAUAUGUUUCUAUGCUUGAUAUGUCAUAUAUAUAUAUAUA